CGGAAUUGAUAUUCCAUUUCCCCUCCCACUUAACUCGGCGGGGUUUUAAUGUCAACUAAAACCGUGUAGAAUUUUAAUCAGAGGAGAGCCAAGUGUCACCGAACCACAGGACCUUCGCUGCUAUCGUUCGGCCGUGGUUUGCAAAGAUGACAGAACUAAGGCAGCGUGGAGCCAAAGACACCGAGGCGACGUUACAAUAUCAACCGUCCGAGGACAAGGCUUCAGACAAUGAGCUGAGGUCAGAAAAAGAUGGUGGGACAGACAGCGACCCCAAAAUGGACUCAGGGGACACGGGGGUUCCUGAGGUGCCAGUGCCACCUGAUGACACACCAGAAGUGUUGAAUAAAGCCUUGUCCGGACUGUCCUCAAGAUGGAAAAACUGGUGGGUUCGAGGGAUCCUUACACUCGCCAUGAUUUCCUUCUUCUUCUUCAUCAUCUACCUAGGCCCCAUGGUGCUAAUGAUGAUUGUCCUGUGUGUUCAGAUCAAAUGCUUCCAGGAAAUCAUCACCAUUGGUUACAGCGUUUAUCACUCUUAUCAUCUGCCAUGGUUCAGGACACUGAGUUGGUACUUCCUGCUCUGCGUUAAUUACUUCUUCUAUGGUGAGACCGUCACAGAUUACUUCUUCACACUUGUGCAAAGGGAAGAGCCACUUCGCAUCCUCAGCAAAUAUCACCGCUUUAUAUCUUUUGCCCUCUACCUCACAGGUUUCUGCAUGUUUGUGCUGAGUUUGGUAAAGAAGCACUACCGCCUUCAGUUCUACAUGUUUGGGUGGACUCACGUGACUUUGCUGAUUGUAGUGACGCAGUCUCACCUCAUCAUUCACAACUUGUUUGAAGGGAUGAUCUGGUUUAUUGUUCCAAUAUCCUGUGUGAUCUGUAAUGAUAUUAUGGCCUACAUGUUUGGGUUCUUCUUUGGCCGCACCCCUCUCAUUAAGCUGUCACCAAAGAAGACGUGGGAGGGAUUCAUUGGUGGAUUCUUCGCUACCAUUUUGUUUGGCAUCAUGCUCUCCUAUGUGAUGGCUGGCUACCGCUACUUUGUAUGUCCAGUUGAGUUCAACAACGAUUCCAACAGUUUCCAAGUAGACUGCGAGCCGCCGGAACUUUUCCAGCUUCAGGACUACACCCUUCCGAGCAUCCUAGAGUCUGUCACUGGAUGGACCACAGUUCGUCUCUAUCCAUUCCAGAUUCACAGCAUCGCUCUGUCCACUUUUGCCUCCAUUGUCGGACCCUUUGGUGGCUUCUUUGCCAGUGGCUUUAAGAGGGCCUUUAAGAUAAAGGAUUUUGCCAACACUAUUCCAGGACACGGUGGCAUAAUGGACCGAUUCGACUGCCAGUACCUCAUGGCCACAUUUGUCAAUGUCUACAUUGCUAGUUUUAUCAGGGGCCCCAACCCUACCAAGGUGAUUCAGCAGCUUCUGGCCCUCCGUGCCGACCAGCAGCUCUUCAUCUUCAGUUCUCUGAAGGCUCACCUAACAGAGAAGGGCUUACUUCCCGUGGUGGAGGAGGCGGCCGCCUAGAGUGUUGGUUUGCGUCUGGAGGCGGUCCUGCUGUGGGAGACUCACAGUGCUUUUCUGUGAGCAUAAAAAAAGGAAAAUCAACAAAAAGAAAAAGUCGCCUUGGGGUCAUUCCAUUUCAUUUGGGUAUGAGUUACGUGCGCUUCCAUGCUGUACGCGAAUCACGGCACAUGAGUAUUUCUAGGUUCAAGUACUGACCACCUUUCCAUUUAAGCCUUUCAGUCUGUCUGUUCUACUUUUGCACCUGUACACGAUACUCUCUAUUUACCCUAAUUUUGUGUGGGUAUUUUACUGUUCAUUUUUUUAAUGCACUGCUUUCAAAUGUGCAACUCACUGUAUUGUUACCCUUCCUAUUGAGUUGUUUUGGAGUGAUAUAGUUAUUUAUAGUUUUUUUAAUAUAGCAGUCCUGUUGAACUACACUGAAAAGAAAAAUGGUGUGUUGAAUUUACACAAUUUUAUUUUGGUGGUUGCACAAAAUAAAAUCAUCUGGAGUGGAUCCAGAUAUAUUUCCUUGUACUUCCACUCAGUCCCUUUGAACGUGUAAACAACUUAGAUUUACAAUAGAUUAUUAUUUUCCUUUUCUUGCUCACAAAUUUUAAUAUUUCAUAUAAAAUAUAUUUAGGUUGAACUAUACAUGUGUUUAAAAACUAUAUCUAGAGCCACAUAUUAUAAUUUUGUGCAACCACUUGACCACAUUAAAUUGUGUAAAUUAGAGGAAAACUUUUUAUAGAGUACAAACCCCAAUUCCAAUGAAGUUUACUUGUCCAAAAUGUAAAUAAAAACAAAAUACAAUGAUUUGCAAAUAAUUUUCACCCUAUUUUGAGCCUGAACCCAUCUUUGGGUGUUGUUAGACAACCAUGCUGGUUUUGGAUGUGGUGCCACCUGAGGGGCUGAAGUUCACAAUGUUGCUUUUCGGCCCUGCUGCUUACGUACAUAGAUUUGUCAGAACUGUUGGGCUAUUUGCUCACACAGUUUUGAGCAACUGACCCUUUUGGUAUUGUAAAAAAAAAAUAUAUAUAUAUAUAUUAUUCAUAUAGUUUAUUAUUGAACAUCAAAUAUGUUGCUUUUGAAGUGUAUACAAUUAAAUAUAACAUUUAAAAAAGGAUUUGCAAAUCAUUGUAUUAUUUUUAUGCCCCAACUUCAUCGGAAACUAUAUUAACCGGAUGAACGCAACCAUCUUGUUUUUUUUUUUGUGUUUUUUGUUACACAUUCAAGAUUUGUUGUGCUGGUAAUUUUAUCUGUGAAGUCAACAUGAUGUUACACUGACUGCCACAUGUAAUACUGAUGAUUCCUCACAAUGACACAAAAGGAACAUUCUUUGUGUCUUUUCAUCACUGCCAUUGGCUGCUUUUGCCUGUUACGAGCCAUUUGCUGCGAACUCCAGAGCAGAUAUCGAGAACUUGACACUAGUGAAGGUUUUCAUCAAUUUUUAAUCGGUGCGAUACACAAGCAGUCAAGGUUCAUUACCAUUCAAUAAAAGCUGAACGGUGAAAGAAUUAUGUUGAACGUUAAAACUGAGUAUUAUUUUACAGUUUUAAACAUUCCCCCCCAGUUUUAUAUGUUGGGAUUCCUACUGCCACUCUAAUUAUGGUUGUGGAAAAAUAGAAUAUUUUUAUACUUGCUAUCUAUCGGAGAUUUGACCAUUGAUAAAGCAUUGUGGUGAAUAACUCAAAAAAUACAAUCUAAUUGGACACAGUUAAAGUCACAAACCUAGUAUGGUACUCAAUUUACGUAUUUCAAUUAAUCCAGCAAAAAAGUAUAUAAAGUAAUUAUGUGUUUAUAAUACUUUAUUGAUCUUUAGAAAGGUUCUGUACAUAAGUGUGGGUUAAGGUCCACAAGUGGAUUUCACAUUAUAUCAGACCAUCUAUAUAUUAAUAUAGAUGGUGGUGAGUUGUGUUCAGGCUUUAAUGACAUUCCAGGUCAUAGUAAUGAAUCAGUGGUGGUGCAGCAAUUGACAGGCAAUGUUCAACAUGAUCAUGUUCAUCAAUGAAGCUGAAGAUGAACCUUUCCAGUUCUUAUUCACAUCACACUCAAUUAUGUUUGUCCAUUUAUUCUCGACAUGCUGUGUUUAAGAACACUUGCUGAGGUAGACUUAUGCUGAAUCGGUUUAUUCACUUUGUACCAGAUAGAAAUGUAGCAGGAACAUGCAGGUCACUUUUUAGUCCCGUUUUCCUUAUGCCACUCAAUGACCAUCUCAUUGUGCAGUCAAUCUUUUCAGCACAUGACCCAGACAAAAAAAAAAAUCUGUCACAUCCUUAAUGUGAUGUUCUCCAAACACGUUUGUAUUUCAAAGACAUGCUUUAAAUUCAGGCUCAAGUAUUUUUUUUCUCUUGCGAUACAUUGAAACUAGGCAGGAUAAAUGUUUUUUAUUUCUUGAAAUGUAAGUCAGUAAUGAGACAUGUCAUUCAUAAUUUCCAUUGGACAACCACCUAUCUGUAAGUGUAAGUUUAUCCAUAAAGUAUUUAUUUGCGCAAAUCAGCUCACCUCAAAAUUAUAUUAUCCCUAUAAGAUUUUAAAGCUAUUUUUGGUGUGCUUUAGUAUUUUGUAUACCCUAAGGGAAUAUUUCAAGCUGUUAUUUACUUAAGGAAUGGAUAUUGCGAUAGCAGAGAAGCUGGCUUUCUUGCGAUGAGCUGUUUGUUGACUUGGCUCUUCUGUGCUCUUGUUGUUGCAAUGCAAUUAGAAACUACAUAAAUACUACUGUUGUGUCCUUUCAUCGGUACUUUAAGAUUAUAGUUACUAUUUAUUAUUAGUAAUCCUGUACAACAUUUGUGUCUCUGUAAUGUUUUUUUUUUCUCAAGCGCUGUCUUUGUUAGAGGCGGCCACUAGAGGGAGAAAGGACUUAAGUGCCGAGGUUUAGAAGAACCAUUUGACUAAACAAUGACAAUUAAAUAAUUAUACAGACUUAUAAAGACUUUAAUAUAACUAGAUUGCAUUAGGAUAAAUUAUUUGUGUGGCAUCAAAAAGCCAUUGUGGACCAUAAUAAUCAUUCUGCCAAACAGGACCUUUUCAAGAAUGUAUUAAAAGUGGUGCAACAUUUUUUUAACCUCAGUUUGUUCACUCGCCUUCGAGGAAAUUUUAUUUUGUGGUUCUCCUAUAAAUCAGUUAUCAGAGUUAUAUUACUCUUAGAUGGUGGGGUGCUUUGUGUUGUAUAUUUGUCUAUAGAAAGAAAUGUACUCUUUAUGCUCAAAUGUAACUUUCCCUUGUCGGAAAAUAAAGAGACAAAAACUAUUGGC